UAGCGCCACCAUUAUAAACCAGAUGCGCGCGCCGUUCCAUAUGAGUUUGAAUAAAACAAGUGAAGGAGCAAGACAUUGCAACUCGUCGGAAGAAAACGAUUCGCUGUUUCGCUGCGAAUUUUACAAUCUGAAGAGGAAUUUUGAUUGAAGAAAGGAAAGCCUGCAGAAAAUGUCUCUAAUUCCGUUUUUGUUGGACUACGAGCUCGACCGCCCUCGCCGCGUCUUGGACCAGCAUUUCGGCUUAGGCUUGUCUCCAGAUGACUUGCUGACUAUGGUGGCUCCUGGUUCCCUAGUGAACAGAGAAUAUUACCGGCCAUGGCGUCACCUGGCAGCCGCCGCAAGAGAUGUGGGAUCCAGCAUCAAGGCCGAUAAAGACAAGUUCCAGAUUAACCUCGAUGUUCAGCACUUUUCACCGGAUGAAAUUUCUGUAAAAACUGCAGAUGGUUACAUUGUCGUUGAAGGUAAACAUGAAGAGAAGAAAGAUCAGCAUGGAUACGUUUCUCGUCAGUUUACAAGACGCUACGCAUUGCCGGAGGGAUGUACACCAGAGACUGUGGAGUCGCGGUUGUCAUCUGAUGGUGUGCUCUCUGUGAUUGCUCCGAGGAAGGUACCUCCUGCAGUGGAAGGAGAACGCAAGGUGACCAUCACUCAGACUGGCCCAGUCCGCAAGGAAGUCAAAGACCAGGCGAAUGGUGAUAAAGCAUAAAGUGUAAUUACAAGUUUUAGAAAUUUAAUUUUAUCCGCCUAGUUACCUGCGUUAAAUGAAUGUGAUUCUCAUUCCGUUUUCUUUAAGACUGAUUUAGAUUAAUAAAUUCUCCUAAUUUCAAUUACCUA